GUCUAGUUAUUCGCACAAGUGCGAUUGAGAUAUUAUAUGAUAACGGAUUAUUAGCAUUAUUUUCUGAACUAAUAUUUCCCGACUUCAUUUGGACGUCGUGAUUUUUCAGAGAUUUUACGCACGACAUGUCACCUUGCGUUAUUGAAAAAGACAGCUCCAGGGCCCUGUAUACAGUUAUGUGGUUGUGCAUAUUGGCAGCUUGGUGUGUGUCUCUCUCCACUGCCACUUCUGACAUUUUCACAUGUUCGGUACCCGAGGAUCCGGUCUUGGUGCGGUUGGGACAUGUUGCCACCAUGCCAUGCUGGCUCACCCCUUCCACGAACGCAGAGGGUCUGGAGGUGCGUUGGUACCGGCCCAAAGAUUUCGACAACCCGGUCUUGCUCUACAGCGAGAGAAAGAUCCAGGAAGCCUCACAGCAGUCCCAAUACGUGGGCCGCACCUCCCUAGGGCUCCGGGAGGUUACGUCAGAAGGGCUGAAGGGAGGGGAUGUGACCUUGAAGCUGGUUAAUGUCACUCUGAGAGACCAAGGGGAGUAUGUGUGCUACGUCAGCAGUAACCAGGGCUAUGAGACUGCCAGUGUCUUUCUCAACGUAACUGGUGAGUUCAUUCAAGCAAAACAUAUCCAGGAAUGA